CCACCGUCCAACAGAAACAGCCAUCGAAACAUUGUUUCAAACAUGCAGCUGAAAAAGCAAAUAGCAUAUGGAAUCAUGUUUAUCUGUAUCCUGGCAUUAUGGACGGACUCUGCCCAGGCAGGAUCCAGCUUCCUCAGCCCAUCUCAGAAACCACAGGGGAAAAGUGAGAAGAAACCAGUGCGUGUGGGCAAACGCUUCUCCGAGGGGCUGCCUCCUCCGUUUGAGACUCUGGAAGGAGAGAACAAGCAUGUUUUGUUCACCUUUCCUUUUGAGAUGGGCAUCACCAUGAAUGAAGAAGAGUUUCAAGAAUACGGAAAUGUACUGCAAACAAUUGUACAGGAGGUGCUGACAGAUGGCCCAUAAAUUGGGAAAAUAUUUGCCUGGUCAGUGAACGACGCAGACUCCCAUGAAUACGGUGUCGUAUGGGACAGCCUGUUGCUGUUACUACUCUGAGUAUACUCUUUGAACUUAAAAAAAGAAAACACAUCUAUCAAUCAUUUAUAUGCUUCCAAGCCCUCUUCAAAGCACUACACUAUAAAAAAAUUAAGAAAUAAACUUUAAAAAGCUAAUGCAUGG